AUUCAGUUAGCUGCUUACUGAUCAGUAUGGUGGGUGCUCGGCGCGUGUGACGUUCCGUCUCGUUGCAUAAUCGUUUGAGAGAGCGAGCGAGACAGAAUAAAAGGAGAAACCGUGGUCGGGAGAAUUUCGGUCGUGUCUCGUGGUGCCGUCGAGCCGAGCACGCUGCCUGUCGCGGAUCAAGAGAUAUGCCGAAGAGUGGAGUCGAGAAUUGUUAACGUGACAAAGGAUGCGUCUGGUCUUUCUGUUGGAGGAUCGGUAACGAAUAACCAACAACAGCGGCACCAGACACAGACAGAGAAAAUGUCGCCAGUAAAGACGAACAGCAACUCACCGGGGCCCACGAAAACUCCGAUGCUCAGCCACGUGAAAUACGAGCAUUUCGUUGCCGGCAUAUCAGGCGGCGUGAUCUCAACACUGAUGCUGCAUCCCUUGGACUUGAUCAAGACCAGAUUCGCAGUGAACGAUGGUCAUUCGAGCUCUGCUCCGCAAUACAAAGGGCUGAAGAGUGCUGUUUCGCAAAUUGUUAAGACUGAAGGUGUGCGAGGACUUUACAAAGGUGUUGCGCCGAACGUGCUAGGAUCCGGCGGUUCAUGGGGUUUCUACUUCUUUUUCUAUAACACCAUCAAAGGAUGGAUUCAGGGUGGAAACAGUAAGAUGCCUUUGGGACCCUCGUGGCACAUGUUUGCUGCAGCUGACGCUGGAAUUCUCACUUUGCUAAUGACCAAUCCACUUUGGGUAGUAAAGACGCGUUUGUGUUUGCAAUACAAGAAUGAUCAAAAUCUGCCAGAAAGGCUCCGAUACAAAGGCACAGUAGAUGCUAUUAAGAAGAUAUAUAAUACCGAAGGGAUCCAUGGUUUGUACAGGGGUUUCGUUCCUGGAAUGUUCGGUGUUUCACACGGAGCUAUCCAAUUUAUGGUGUACGAAGAGCUGAAGAACUGGUACAACGGUUAUUUAAAGCUUCCAAUUGAUACUAAGUUGAGCACGUGGGACUAUAUCUUCUUUGCGGCGAUAUCGAAACUUAUAGCUGCGGCUUCGACUUAUCCUUAUCAAGUCGUGCGGGCACGUCUUCAAGAUCAUCAUCAUAACUACAGUGGCAGCGUUGAAUGCGUGCGAUUGAUAUGGAGAUAUGAAGGGUGGCGCGGCUAUUACAAAGGACUGAGUGCGAACCUGACCAGGGUGACCCCAGCGACCGUGAUCACGUUUGUUACUUAUGAGCAUAUGUCUCACUAUCUACUGCGACAGAGACAGAAACACGAGAUCCAAGAAGACAAGAGUCAUCAGCCGUUUCUGAUCAAACAAAAUUGAGAACACGAGGCGACGGCGGGGAACUCGGCCAAGGAGGUCUGGCGUCGUUCUCGAAACGAAUCCAUCCCCGAAUUCAAUAAAUAAAUAAAUAAAUAUGGAAGUUAGAUUUCCAUUUCAAUGAAGCAUAUCAAUGAAGCAUUUACGUGAUUAGUCAAACGAGCACGUACCCUUCCGCCGCACGAAAACUAGGACCGAAUCGCCUACAAUGCUAAGCUCGAGGCGUUUCAAUUCACAGCGAACAACUCGCACCUCAUUCAGUUGCUGCUGUUUUAAAGAUUUUAUCGCUAUCACGAACGCACUCUGCUCAACUGUUGUAAUCACCGAUCUUUGCGACAACGCACACCACGUUCCUAAUGUAUUACCAGUUAUCGUCGCUGUUAAAUGCGAAUACCGUAGUCGAACGACGAUCUGGAAUUUUACUUAUCCGUGUCGGUUGUACUGAGAUUACUCACCGAAUCAUUUUCUAACGAAUCGCCGAACAUCGUAACAGCGAAGGUUACGUGAGAAUUGUUAAAAAGAGAGCUAUAAAGAGAAAGUUAUACUUUCGGGACAACAAUACUUAGAGACAGUUACGAAAAUCAAAAAUAAUUUUGUUUACUAUGUAUCUAUAUAAUUUAUCGCCACGUUAAGAAUAUUUUAGUUAUUGGUCGUAUAAGUGUUUCUUUUGGUUUACGUGUUAAUUUUGAUGUAUGUGUAUCAGUUUUCAAAAUUGUUUGCAACGUACUCCGUCUUGACGAGUUUUCAGGUCGACACCAAUGUUCCGUACGAACGACACUUGCAUCAUAGUUUAGGGGCUGGAACCUUAGUUCCAAUACUAAUUGCAGAUCUCGUGACUUAUCCUUACGAGGGUCACAAAUGUUCAGUACGAAUGUACCUGUUAGUAUCGAUGUAACAGUUGCGGCAUACUCUCGUCUAAAACAUGCAUUUAUGGUUAAAGAAAUACAUGUAUGAAUCCUAUUCAGCAUUGUUUAGUAUUCAGUGGUAGAAUCACCAAUGCAUGUUUAUGUCUACAUUGCCAGUACAAAUGAUAGAUCGAGGAAACUUAUUUACUAGUAAAUGAAUAUAUUCGUGUGUACCUUUCUAAAUUUUUUAAGAGAUUACACAUUUCUUUUGCUGGGGGUAAUCCAUAUUACAUCUUGAACUAUCAAUCUUUGAGGCCGUACCGACUAAUCAAUGUCAACGGACUUUGAGGGCACAUCGCAUGAUAGUUAGCACAGUCUUCCGCGUACUCAGCUUCGACGAUCUCGCUUGGAAGAUCUUCAUCUUGCGAAGAGGAUGGCCUACCGCGAGAAUUGCACGAUAAUCUCAUGAUAUUUACUAUUCGACUGUUAUUAAUGUCGUGUAUGUGUACUAACGUAAAUAAAAUCUGGAGAAUAUCGCCAAGCACGCCGUUGUUGGACAGAGGCUCAUUCGCCGUUUCGCAGAUCAUUUUCAAUAGGCAACCCUCCCCAGAGUAACCCGCGCUGUUUCAAUUAGUGUAUUGCUUUAAAUUCACUCUGCCGCGAUUUCCAUCGAUUCGCUCGACUCAAUCCAAUUCGAUUCGAUUUCCCGUUUACCUUUCUAAUUUGUUCGCGAGGACCCGGUACGCCAAUUGUCGGUCCAGGCUGCGUUUCCAUAAAUAUGGCCCGUCCCCAUAAUAACUGGAAUUCCAUUCGCCGGGCAGACCGUAGUUUGCCUCGAAGUAAAACGAAAAUAUUAUCGAUUUAUUUGGGAUAUCGACGGGUACACCGAGGGCGAAGAAUAUCUAAAAGCACAAUAGAAAAUCAUUUUUAAAUAACGAGCUCUUUCAGCCCCGAUAAAACGCAUUUCACAAGGUGAUCGCUAUCGAUUUACUUGAAAAAGAACGUACGGAACAUUUUUAACAGUGCGAAAAUUGAUUUUACACCGGCGCCGGUGUGGAACAGUAUGUUAUGUAACAGUAACUUUGAUAGCGUUUAUUUUCAACGAUUAUGACAAGUCACAGGUAAAGGGGAAAAUACAAAAGACAAAAGUGUAUUUCAAUUAAAGUCUAAUUCAGGAAUAAAUGUUUGGAGUUUUGGUUAUUUUUGUAAGUUCAUUAAUAUGUUAACUGUCGUAAUAUGUACUCAGCAAAAUUCUGACCCCUGGGGCCUAAUACUUUUUUUUUAUUACUUUUACUAUUAUUUUUACUAUUUUUUUUUCUUUAAUACCAGAAAAUUUGGUAUAAUUCCUGUCGAUACAAGAUAAAGUGAAAAAAAGAACUUAUAAACAAUAAUAUUUUUUUGUACGAAGGCAGUAUUUAUCUCACGUGGUCCCUCUGAAAAAAAUCAUUGCACUUGGGCCGAGUGAGACGUAUUUGUCUUACACGGCAGUCAACGUGCUAAUAGGAGGAGCUACUUUUUUAAUUCGUAAUCUAUUAAUCUGGUACAUCAAACGUCUCUGGCCAUUUCUAAAAUCGCUUUGAACACGAACUUCGUGCAACUGAAUAUUUUCCACGGCUACCCUCAUAGCCUAUUCAGAAUAAUUCCUAAAGGAGUCCUCGAUAGCAUGCGUCUCUAGAUCAGUAAUUUUAAUACUAUUACGUAGCUAUUUAACAAAUUUGAACUUCAUCAAAUUGAGUCGAUCGUAGUCAUAGUUGAUUAUGUGGUCAAUCUACUAAUACAACUACACCUUUGAAAUCCAGAGUCCUGUUCUUUACUUCUAACUAUACGCGAAAUCGAUAUACUGUAAUUAGUAAAUAAAUUGUAAUAAUUUAUGUAAGUAA